AUGACAUCAAAUUAUCAGCGACGUGUGUUGACAAAAGCAACUAUUUCUGAUCCUCAAGAUGAGAUCGUCAUUUCGGGAGUUGCUGGAAGAUUCCCGAAUUCAAAUAACGUGGCUGAUUUUGCUUCUAACCUUUAUAAUAAGGUUGACAUGGUUGAUGAUGAUGAAAGACGAUGGCGUCAUACGUUCCCGGAGAUGCCUCGAAGAUACGGAAAAGUGAAUAAUCUUGAAAAGUUUGAUGCAUUUUUCUUUUCGGUUCAUCAUCGUCAAGCCAAUACAAUGGAUCCUCAAUGUCGUAUGCUUUUGGAACAUUCUUACGAAGCUAUUUUGGAUGCUGGUGUUAAUCCGAAAAGCUUGCGUGAAAGUCGUACGGGAGUGUUCAUGGGCUGUUGCUUUGCAGAGUCUGAAGAAACAAUGUUUUAUGGAAAAAUGAUUAAGGAUGGUUUAGGUCUUACUGGGUCAAGUCGUGCUAUGCUUGCUAAUCGAGUGUCGUUUGCUUUAGGUUUACAAGGUCCAAGUUUUAUGAUUGACACGGCUUGUAGUUCUUCAAUGUAUGCUUUGGAUUGUGCAUUUAAUGCUAUAAGAUUAGGUGAAUGUGAUGCAGCUCUUGUGGGUGGAACUAAUUUAAUACUGCAUCCUAAUGUCUCUUUACAAUUUUCAAGACUUGGAGUUUUGUCAAAGGAUGGAUUUUGUCGUCCAUUCGAUAAAGACGCUGCUGGUUAUACAAGGGCUGAAGCUGUUUGCGUUGUGUUCCUUCAGAAAGCAAAAGAUGCUAAGCGAAUUUACGCAAAUUUUGUGUACAGUAAAACUAAUAAUGAUGGAUUUAAAAAGGAAGGAAUUACAUAUCCAUCGGGACAAACACAAAUUAAUCUUAUUAAAGAGUUCUAUGAAGAUUUACGAAUGAAUCCAAGCACUAUUGAUUUCAUUGAAUCGCAUAGUACUGGCACAAAAGUUGGUGAUCCCGAAGAAUGUCACACUUUAGAUGAAAUAUUCUGCAAAGGUAGAAAUGGAAAGCCACUUUUAGUUGGUUCAGUUAAAUCGAAUAUGGGUCAUUCGGAAGCAACGUCAGGCGUUUGCUCAGUCGCCAAAGUUAUCAUAACGUUUGAAAACAAUUUGAUACCUCCAAAUAUUCACUUUACAGAAGGCCGACCAGGCAUUCCUGCGUUGGAAUCGGGUCGUCUUGAAGUCGUGUCUGAGCCUAAAGAAUUCACUGGUUCUAGUAUUUGUGUAAAUUCAUUUGGAUUUGGUGGUGGAAACGCCCACGCUCUAUUCCGAAGAAAUGAAAAGGAAAAAAUAAAUAAAGGAAUUCCAAAUGAUAGUUUGCCAAGACUUGUAGUUUGGAGUGGACGUACUGAAGAAGCCAUCAGUUCCAUUUUGGAUAGUAUAACAAAGCAAGCACUCGAUGCUGAAUAUGUCGGUUUACUUCAAGGAAUCCAAACAGUUUCAGUUUCUGCAAAUACUUAUCGCGGUUAUGGUGUUUACAAGCAGGAAGGGUCAGAAAACAACGCUUUGUGUAUCUCACAACACAUCCAACAUUUCGAUGGAAUCAAACGACCAAUUGUGUGGGUUUACAGUGGCAUGGGAUCUCAAUGGUGCGGCAUGGGACGAGAAUUAAUGCAGAUUCCAAUUUUCGCAGAUGCCAUUGAUAAAUGUCAUGAGAUUUUAGCUCAACGCGGUUUGAAUCUCAAAGAAAUCAUCACAUCGGAUGAUCCAAAAAUGUUUGAUAACAUUCUUCAUUCAUUUGUUGGUAUCGCAGCCAUUCAAAUUGGUCUCACUGAUAUUCUGAAGACUCUUGGAAUGGAACCAGAUCACAUCAUUGGUCAUUCUGUGGGAGAACUUGGUUGUGCUUAUGCUGAUGGUUGCAUCACAGCUGAAGAAAUGAUUUUGUCGUCAUAUUCACGCGGCAUGGCGAGUAUCGAAACGAAAACAGUUUUCGGAUCAAUGGCAGCUGUUGGAAUUGGUUAUAACAAAUUGAAGACAAUGAUUCCUGAUGGUAUUGAGAUUGCAUGUCACAACAGUGCUGAUUCAAGCACAAUUUCAGGACCAGCUGAAAAUGUUGCAGCAUUUGUGGAACAAUUAAAGAAGGAAAAUUAUUUCGCUCGUGAAGUUGCAUGUUCAAAUAUUCCUUAUCACAGCAGUUACAUCUCUGAAAUGGGACCAAAACUUCUUGCACGAUUAAGUGAAGUGAUAAAGGAACCUAAAAAGCGAUCGCCAAAAUGGAUUAGUUCAAGUGUAGCUAAAUCGAAAUGGGAUUCCGUUGAAGCCCAAUAUUCAACAGCACUUUACCACACAAAUAAUUUACUUGGAUCAGUUCUCUUCGAAGAAGCAUCGGAAUUGUUGCCAAAAGAUGCUUUAACUAUUGAGAUUGCCCCUCAUGGCCUUCUCCAAGCAAUAAUGAAACGAACACUUCCUGAUGCUGUUAACAUUGCCUUAACAAAACGAGGCAAUAAAGAAAAUUCGAUUUUCCUUAUCAAUGCACUUGGAAGAAUUUUCGAGAAUGGUGUUGAUAUGGACGUUACUAAACUUUAUCCACCAAUUCAAUAUCCAGUGUCAAGAGGUACACCAAUGCUUUCACCACUCAUUAAAUGGGAGCAUAGUGAAGAUCAUUUCGUCACAAGAUAUGAAGCCAAAGCUUCAAAGAGUGAACGUGAAUAUACAAUUAAUAUCAGUGAUCAAGAAUAUGAUUUCAUUGCUGGGCACACCAUUGAUGGACGAGUUUUGUUCCCAGCGACGGGAUAUUUGUAUCUCGUUUGGAAUGCUUGUGCUGAUAUGAAUCGAGUUUUGAUUGACCAAUGCGAUGUGGAAUUUGAAGAUGUCAAAUUCUUGAGAGCAACAGCUUUGGCAAGAAAUCAAGACAUUGAAUUCUCAGUUACAAUUCACAAAGGUACUGGAAGAUUCGAAAUCACUGAAGGUUUGAAUGCUAUUGUAACUGGCUUCGUCAAAACAUCAACUGAAAAAUUAGUUUCCUUAUCUACUCCAGAAGAUGAUUCGAAUGUUCCAAUUCUUAGUAAUCGCGAUUUUUAUAAAGAACUUCGUCUUCGUGGUUAUCAUUACAAUGGUCUUUUCCGUUCAGUUGUUUGUGCAAAGGCAAACGGUGAAAACGGAAAGAUUAACUGGGCAAAUAAUUGGAUUCCUUUCUUAGAUUGCAUGUUGCAAAUGCAAAUAAUAGGAAAAGAUACGAGAGCAUUGAUGUUGCCAACGGGUAUAAGGCGAAUGAUCAUUAAACCUCAAGAACAUAAGCAAUUUAUUGAUCAGAUUGAGGGUGAAGAAAAACUAUUGGAUAUCGUCGGUUCAUGUAGUAAGAAUAUUAUUCGUUGUGGUGGAGUAGAAAUUCGUGGGCUUGGCGCAAGCUUCGUCAGUCGUAGAAGACCUCCAGGUGUUCCCGUUCUUGAAUCUUAUCAAUUCAUUCCACAUAUAUCGACUCCAAUGCUUAGCAAGAUCAACACAGCUCGUUUCUGUGUACAACUCGUUUUAGAAAACAAUCCAAUGGCGAAAGUUGUUCUUGUUGAGGUUGACGGAAAUGAUGAGAAAGAACCUUUGAUCGAAUAUUUUGGACAAGCUUUAGGAGAUCUCCCACUGGUCACAAACGAACUUAAUUAUUUGAGUUCAAGGGCUAUUGAAUUGGAAACUGUGACCGUUCAAGAUUGUUCAUUGUCAACAUUUAGCAAUGUGAAUAUCGUAAUUAAAUCGAAUUUACUUUUCGAUACUCAGCUUUUGAAGGAAUGUUCGGAACAGUUGAGUGAAGGCGGAUAUGUCGUUUCAAGAGAACAAUUAACAGCUGAAAAUAUUUUAAACAUUUUGAUUCCCGAGAAUUUCCAACUUCUCGCAAUUCUUCCAUCAGACGAUGAAACUUGCGUUCUUCUUCAAUAUAAUAAAAGUGAAUUGGAAAUUCCUACGAAAUCUGUCAAAGUCACAAAUGAAAAUUAUGAUUGGAUUGAAGAACUUAGGGAAUUGGUAAAAAUAGGACCAGUCGUAGCAUAUUCUGAGAAUGAAAAGAUUUCUGGCAUUAUCGGUCUUGUAAAUUGCAUAAGAAAAGAACCAAAUGGUUUGAACCUUAAAUGCGUUUUUAUUGACGAUCAUCGAGCUCCACCAUUUAAUAUUGAAGAGAAGUUUUACAAGUCACAUUUGCGUAAAGGUCUUGCAAUAAAUGUUUUUAGAAAUGGACAGUGGGGUAGCUACAGACACACAUUGCUCCAACAAGAGAAAAUCUUAAGUUCAAGAAAUGAUCAUUGCUUCGUCAAUAGUUUAACUCGUGGUGAUUUAUCAUCAUUGACUUGGCUUGAAGGACCUCAUAAUCUUGGUCAACCGAAAGGAGUUAUCGUCAAAACGCAAUACAUUUCUCUGAACUUCCGUGAUGUCAUGUUGGCGACAGGCAAGUUGGCUGCUGAAACUUGUGGAUCAUCAAUUGGACGAAUGGAUCAGUUAUGCAUUCUUGGAUUAGAAUAUUCUGGAAUAGCUCCAAAUAAUCGUCGUGUCAUGGGAAUGAUUAAUACGGGAUCACUUGCAACUUACAUUGAAUGUGAUGAACCUUUACUUUGGGAUUGUCCAGAUAAUUGGACUCUUGAAGAAGCUGCAACUGUUCCAAUUGUCUAUGGAACUGUUUACACAGCUUUCUUUUUAUCAAUUCAAAUUCAAAGUGGAAAGAAGAUUCUCAUCCAUGCUGGAAGUGGUGGAGUUGGUCUCGCUGCUAUUCGUGUUGCAUUCGCUCAUGGACUUGAAGUCUUUACAACUGUCAGCACUGAAGAGAAAAAACGAUUUUUGCUUGACGAGUUCCCUCAAUUGAAGGAAGAAAAUAUUGGAAAUUCUCGUGACACAUCAUUCGAGGAUUUGAUCAUGGAACGAACUGAUGGUAAAGGCGUUGAUUACGUGUUGAAUUCGUUAGCUGAUGAAAAACUUCAGGCAUCCAUUCGAUGUCUAGGAAAAGGUGGAAAAUUCUUAGAGAUUGGAAAGUUCGAUUUGGCAAAUGAUACAAAGAUUGGUCUUGGAAACUUCCUUAAAGAAUUGUCAUUCAAUUCAGUUUUGGUUGAUAAUUUGUUCGAUGCAUCUAUCGAGGCCAGAAUGAAACUGAAGAAUCUCGUCGACAAUGACAUCAAGCGUGGCAUUGUUAAACCACUCAAAAGAAAUGUUUACAAUGCAGAAAACAUUGAACAAGCGAUGCGUUUCCUUGCAAGUGGAAAGCAUAUCGGUAAAGUCAUCUUAAAGGUCCGAGAGAACGAAUCCGAUCUUGCUACUUUGCCCAUUUCGGUACUCCCACGCGUUUAUUGUAGUCCCAAUCUAACUUACAUCAUUCCUGGUGGACUUGGUGGCUUUGGAUUGGAGCUCGCAGAUUGGCUGGUUCUGAGAGGUUGCAGAAAGCUUGUGUUGAGUUCAAGUCGUGGAAUCACCAAACAAUAUCAAGCUUAUAGAAUUAAGAUUUGGGAAUCUUAUGGUGUUAAAGUUGCUGUAAAUACAUCUGACAUCUCGACAAAGUCUGGCUGUGAACAAUUGAUUCGGGAAUCAAUGAAGUUGGGACCUGUGGGUGGAAUCUUCAACUUGGCUGUGAUACUUAAAGAUGGCAUUUUUGAGAAUCAAGAUGCUGAGAAGUUUAUUGAAUGUAUGGCUCCGAAAGCUGUCGCCACGAAACACUUGGACGAGAUUUCACGACAACUUUGUCCUGAUCUUCAUUAUUUUGUCAUCUUCUCAAGCGUGUCUUGUGGCAGAGGAAAUGCUGGUCAAAGCAAUUACGGAAUGGCAAAUUCUGUGAUGGAACGAAUCAUUGAACAUCGACAUGCACUCGGCUUGCCAGCUAAAGCCAUUCAAUGGGGAGCUGUGGGUGAAGUUGGAUUAGUUGCUGAUAUGCAGGAAGAUAAAUUGGACAUGGAAAUUGGUGGAACUUUACAGCAGAGAAUCUCAUCGUGUCUUGAAGAACUCGACCCACUGAUGACUACUUCAGAUCCACUCGUAUCAAGUAUGGUCGUCGCUGAAAAACGAUAUGCGUCUGGAGGAAAAGGAAACAUUCUCGAAGCGAUUAUGAACAUCAUGUCAAUCCGAGAUAUAAAAUCACUUUCAAUGGAAACUACUCUCUCUGAAUUGGGGAUGGAUUCUUUGAUGACGGUCGAGAUACAGCAAACACUUGAACGUGAUUACGAUUUAGCAAUUCCAGCACAGGAAUUAAGAUCAAUGACUCUCGCACAACUUGUUAAAUGUGCAAACAAUAAAGAUUUGAUAGAGGAAGAAAAAAUGAAGGCUGAUUUCCAAAAAGUGCCAAAAGGUUUAGCAAUGCUCUUGAGAAAUGUCGGAGAUGAAACUUACAGUGACCAGACAAUUUUGAAUCUUGAAUCUGCAUCGCGAAAGGGAAUUAAAACAUUGAUAGUUCCAGGUAUUGAAGGAAUGGCUGGAAAUGCUUGGUAUAUUCUAGCUAAAAGUCUCGAUUGCCCUGUUUACAUUCUACAAUCACGUGACACAUGGAACUGUUGUGAUAUCAGCAGUAUUUAUGAGAAUGUGAUCCAAUAUGUUCUCAAUUUAUUCGCUUCUGAUGACAAGUUUGUGAUUGUGGGAUAUUCGUUUGGUGCUUUAUUGAGUUUCCUCAUAGCACAAGAACUCGAAAGACGAGGAAAAGUUGGUAAACUUAUAUUUAUUGACGGAUCCCCGAAGUUCCUUAAAACAUUGGCUUCUGAACAUAUGCCAGAGAACUACACUGAUGAGACAAUUCAGACAGCAGUUCUAGCUAACACAACAGCACUUAUUUUCCCAGAAGAACUUGACGAAAAAUUAAAAAUUGUUCUCUCGGAACCUUCUUGGGAAUCUCGACUUACAAAACUUGCUGACAUAUCUGGAGAUAAGAAAAUUUACAGCACAGAAUAUGGAAUAAUCCUUUUGAAUGCUUUGGUCAACCGAAUUAAACUUACGUUGAAAUUAGAUUUGGAGAAGUUUACGGUUCUGAACAAGACUUCAGUGACGCUUGUUAGACCAACAGAGUUUUCAGUAGUUGAGAUCGAAGAAGACUAUGGCUUGAGUUCACAUUGUUCUGGCUCAGUUGACAUUAAAUUUAUGGAAGGAAAUCAUAUAACAGUCCUUGAUAAUCCCAAGCUUUUUGAGUUACUUAAUUCCUACACAUAAAUAUCAUUAAAAAUGCUAUCGAAACAGCAGUGCAAAAAUUCGCGUGCAAGAUUUACUAGUGAUGAAGACGAAAUUGUGAUUUCGGGAAUUGCUGGGAGAUUCCCGAACAGCAACAAUGUUGCUGAGUUUGAAUAUAAUCUUUAUAAUAAAAUAGACAUGGUUGAUGAUGCUGAGACUCGAUGGCGUCAUACCUUUCCUGACUGUCCGAAACGUUCGGGAAAACUGAAUAAUCUUAAUAAGUUUGACACAUCGUUUUUUGGUAUUCAUACUACUCAAGCUGAUUCGCUUGAUCCACAAUGCAGAACGCUUCUUGAACAUUCUUACGAAGCUGUUUUAGAUGCAGGAAUAAAUCCAAAAAGCCUUCGUGGAACUCGCACGGGAGUUUAUAUAGGAUGUUGCUAUUGUGAAUCAGAAAAAUUCUGGAUUUAUGACCACAUAAAUGAUGGCAUGGGGAUUUCAGGGAAUAGUCGUGCGUUACUUGCGAAUAGAAUUUCUUUUUUCUUGGGACUUCAAGGACCGUCAAUUACAAUUGAUAGCGCUUGCAGCAGUUCAAUGUUUGCAUUAGAUGCAGCAUUCUCUGCUUUACAAAGUGGCGAGUGUGAAGCUGCGUUUGUUGGUGGAGCCAACUUAUUAUUGCAUCCAUUUAUGACAAUUCAAUUUAUGAGACUUGGAGUGCUUGCAAAGAACGGAUAUUGUCGACCUUUCGAUGUGAAUGCAAAUGGAUUUACACGUGCCGAAGCAAUAAAUGUUCUGUUUUUACAGAAGAAACGAGAUGCAAAGCGAAUCUAUGCAAAUAUUGUUUAUUCUAAAACAAAUUCAGAUGGCUUUAAAAAUGAAGGUCUUCAUUAUCCAUCUGGGAAGAUGCAAGCAAAUUUAUUGAAAGAAUUUUACGAAGACAUUAACAUUCCACCAAGUUCAAUAAAUUAUGUUGAAGCUCACAGCACAGGAACUGUUGUUGGAGAUCCAGAAGAAUGUGAUGCACUUGAACAAGUGGUUUGUGCUGGUAGAGACAAGCCACUUCUUGUGGGUUCAGUAAAAUCAAACAUGGGACAUUCUGAAGCAUCAUCAGGACUCUGUUCAAUAACGAAAGUUAUUAUUGCUUUCGAAAAUCAAACAAUUCCCCCCAAUAUAAACUUUGAAUCUCCAAGACGUGACAUAAGUGCUUUAGUAGAGGGGAAAUUAAAAGUUGUUGACGAAAUAAUGAAACUUGAAGGUCCUCUGGUUUGCAUCAAUUCAUUUGGGUUCGGUGGUGCAAAUGCUCAUGCUUUGUUCAAAGCAAAUCCAAAGGAAAAAGUUAAUCGUGGUGUACCAAACGACAACAUACCACGCUUGGUUGUGUGGAGCGGUCGAACUGAGGAAGCAGUCAGUUCCAUUUUGGAUAGCGUCCGCCAAAAGCCACUUGACGCUGAAUACGUUGCUUUGUUACAAAAUUGCCAAAUCGAUUCAAUGCCUGCAAACAUUUUUCGCGGUUACGGCGUUUACGUUCAGAAGAACGGAACUGAAAAUGCAACAUGUGUAAGUCAAGAAAUCCAACAUUAUGCUGGAAAUAGGCGUCCAAUUGUGUGGGUUUACAGUGGCAUGGGAUCUCAAUGGUGCGGCAUGGGACGAGAAUUAAUGCAGAUUCCAAUUUUCGCAGAUGCCAUUGAUAAAUGUCAUGAGAUUUUAGCUCAACGCGGUUUGAAUCUCAAAGAAAUCAUCACAUCGGAUGAUCCAAAAAUGUUUGAUAACAUUCUUCAUUCAUUUGUUGGUAUCGCAGCCAUUCAAAUUGGUCUCACUGAUAUUCUGAAGACUCUUGGAAUGGAACCAGAUCACAUCAUUGGUCAUUCUGUGGGAGAACUUGGUUGUGCUUAUGCUGAUGGUUGUUUUACUGCUGAAGAAAUGAUUUUGUCAUCAUAUUCACGUGGUAUGGCGAGUAUCGAAACGAAAACGGUUUUCGGAUCAAUGGCAGCUGUUGGAAUUGGUUAUAAUAAGUUGAAGACAAUGAUUCCCGAUGGUAUUGAGAUUGCAUGUCAUAAUAGUGCAGAUUCAAGCACAAUUUCGGGACCAGCUGAGCUCAUUUCAAAUUUCGUCGCUGAAUUAGUGUCGAAAAAUAUUUUCGCUCGUGAAGUUGCAUGUUCCAAUAUUCCAUUUCAUAGCAAAUAUAUCGCAGAGAUGGGACCGAAACUUCUUUCGAAGCUUAAUGAAAUUAUUAAGAAACCAGUGAAACGAUCUUCAAAGUGGAUAAGUUCGAGCUUUCCUAACUCACGAUGGAAUGAAGAAAAAAGUCAAUACUCGUCUGCCAUUUAUCACACAAACAAUCUUUUGUCUCAAGUUCUCUUCGAAGAAGCAUGUUCUAUGCUACCAACCAAUGGUUUAAUAAUUGAAAUUGCACCACAUGCGUUGCUGCAAGCAAUUUUGAAGAGAUCUUUCCCUGAAGCUGUUAAUAUUCCUUUGACAAGACGUGGACAUAAACGUAAUGACGAAUUAUUUUUCGAUGCUAUUGGAAAAAUUUAUACAAAUGGCUUCGAGUUUGAUCUUCAAGCAGUUUAUCCCAAAGUUGACUUUCCUGUUUCUCGAGGAACGCCAAUGAUUUCUCCCAAAAUCAAAUGGGACCAUAGAGACGAUUGGUUUGUGAGCAAUUAUCUUAAUACUCAAAAGGAAAAAUCAGCAGAACGUUUUGUGGAAAUAAAUAUUUCUGAUCACAAAUUUACAUACAUUGCUGGACAUUCAAUUGACGGUCGUUGCUUAUUUCCUGCCACUGGUUACAUAUUUUUAGCAUGGGAAACAUUCGCCAUUACAAAAGGAAAACAAUUCACGGAAAUGCUUGUUGAGUUUGAAGAUGUGAAGUUUUUAAGAGCGACGAGUCUAAGGAAAGAUACGAUUGUGGAAUUUAUGAUUGUUAUUCAACCAGGAACGGGAAGUUUUGAAAUCAGUGAAGGAAGUUCAACUCUUGUAACAGGCGUGGUUAAAGAAGUGAAAAAAACUAAUCAAGUGGAGAUUGAUAGAACCGAUAUUGAUAAAAAUCUCGCACCAUUGCUUAAAAAUCGAGAUUUUUACAAAGAACUUCGUUUACGCGGUUAUCACUACAGCGGUUUGUUUAGAUCUAUAACUGAAGCAAGAAGUGAUGGUCUUUAUGGUAAAGUCAAGUGGGACAACAAUUGGGUAGCGUUUCUGGAUUGUUUAUUACAAAUUUCUAUUUUGGGAAAAGACACGAGAUCGUUGGCACUUCCAACUUCUAUUCAGAAACUUUCAAUUAAUCCCAAGAUGCAUUUGGAUGCUAUAAAAAGCUUUGGUGAUGAGAAGGAAGCAAUUUUUGAAGUCUUAUCUUGUUCUGAAUUAAAAACUAUUCGUUGCAGUGGUAUUGAAAUUGUUAAUUUACAAGUUAACAUCGUUGGAAGACGAAAGCCACCCGGAAUUCCUGUGUUAGAAUCCUAUAAGUUCAUUCCCUAUCAUGAAACUUCGAUUAUGAAAACAUCUGAAGCUGUGAGAACAUUUGUGCAGUUAGCACUUGAAAACUUUCCAACAAAUAAAGUGAAAGCAGUUGAAAUUGAUGGAAUGAGAGAAUCAAUUCUUGAAGAUAUUCACAAAUCUGUUGAUGAUUUGCCAUUAGUCACUUCAGAGCUUUUAUUUUUAACAUCAAGAAGCCUCGAGGAGAACGACUUUGAAUACUCGAUAAAAAAUGAAAAAUUGUCAUCACACAAGGGAUGCUAUGUAGUGAUUUGUUCAAACAUCAUUCACGAUAAAAAAUUCUUUGAGAACGUCACAUCAAGUUUAGGCUCAAAGGGCUUCGUAAUAUGUCGGGAGAAUCACAAAGUUCAAUUGAACACAUUGGAAUGUUCAUCAAACUUUACAUUAAUCUCUUCAGUGAAAUUGGAUGAUGAAACUUUAUAUCUGUUAAAAUAUUUAAAAGAACCUUCGUCACAAAAAUCUUCAACGGUUAUAAAAAUAACCGAGAAAGAUUUGAAAUUUAGUUGGAUCGAAGAAGUGAAACAUUUAAUGAAGUCAACUCAUUUGGUGUUAGUUUCCCAAAAUGAACCAUACUCGGGAAUCAUUGGAUUGGUGAAUUGUUUGCGAAAGGAACCAGAUGGAAGUGAUAUCAGCUGUGUCUUCAUUGAUAACAUAAAAGCACCAAAGUUUGAUAUUACUGAUAAAUUUUAUCAACAACAAUUGAAACUUGAACUUGCAAUCAAUGUCUUCCGAAAUGGUAAAUGGGGAAGUUAUCGUCAUCUCUUGAUUGAUCAGGAGAAUCAAGAAAGGCGUGUACUCGAACAUUGUUACGUCAAUUCUUUAGUUAAAUCUGAUUUGUCUUCAUUGAAAUGGAUAAGCGGUCCUUUUAAUUAUUCAGAACCUUCUGGUGAACUUCUAAGGGUUCAGUUUGCUUCAUUAAAUUUCAAAGAUGUUAUGCUUGCUACUGGUAAACUUUCUUCAGAAGUUUUCAUAGAAAACAGAAUUGAACAAGAAUGUAUUCUUGGAUUUGAAUUCUCAGGCUUUACAAAAAACAAUCGAAGAGUUAUGGGAAUGGUGACUUCUGCAGCUUUAGCAACUCACAUCGAGAUCGAUGAGAACUUCUUAUGGAAUUGUCCCGAUAAUUGGACUCUUGAAGAAGCUGCAACGGUUCCAGUCGUUUAUGGAACUGUCUACAGCGCAUUUUUCUUGGUAAUUCAAAUUGCUAGUGGAAAGAAGAUUCUCAUCCAUGCUGGAAGUGGCGGAGUUGGUCUCGCUGCUAUUCGUGUUGCUUUCGCUUAUGGACUUGAAGUUUUUACGACUGUCAGUACUGAAGAGAAGAAAAGAUUUUUGCUUGACGAGUUUCCUCAAUUGAAGGAAGAAAACAUUGGAAAUUCUCGUGACACAUCAUUCGAGAAAAUGAUUCUUAGAAAAACUAAAGGCAAGGGCGUUGAUUAUGUUCUCAAUUCAUUAGCCGAUGAUAAGCUUCAGGCAUCAAUCAGAUGUCUUGGAAUAGGCGGAAAAUUCUUAGAAAUUGGAAAGUUUGAUAUGGCAAAUGAUACGAAGAUUGGUCUUGGAAACUUUUUAAAUGAACUUUCGUUCCAUGCUGUAAUGCUUGAAAAACUUUUCAACGCUUCUAAGAAGGAUAAAUUGAUUUUGAGAAAAUUAUUAGAUCGAGAUUUAAAGUCAGGAAUCAUUAAACCUCUAAAAGCAAAUAUUUUCGAAGCAAAUGAAGUAGAAAAAGCUUUCCGAUAUCUUGCGAGUGGAAAACAUGUCGGUAAAGUCAUCUUAAAGGUCCGAGAGAACGAAUCCGAUCUUGCUACGUUGCCUAUUUCGGUACUCCCACGCGUUUAUUGUAGUCCCAAUCUAACUUACAUCAUUCCUGGUGGACUUGGUGGCUUUGGAUUGGAGCUCGCAGAUUGGCUGGUUCUGAGAGGUUGCAGAAAGCUUGUGUUGAGUUCAAGUCGUGGAAUCACCAAACAAUAUCAAGCUUAUAGAAUUAAGAUUUGGGAAUCUUAUGGUGUUAAAGUUGCUGUAAAUACAUCUGACAUCUCGACAAAGUCUGGCUGUGAACAAUUGAUUCGGGAAUCAAUGAAGUUGGGACCUGUCGGCGGAAUCUUCAACUUGGCUGUGAUACUUAAAGAUGGCAUUUUUGAGAAUCAAGAUGCUGAGAAGUUUAUUGAAUGUAUGGCUCCGAAAGCUGUCGCCACGAAACACUUGGACGAGAUUUCACGACAACUUUGUCCUGAUCUUCAUUAUUUUGUCAUCUUCUCAAGCGUGUCUUGUGGCAGAGGAAAUGCUGGUCAAAGCAAUUACGGAAUGGCAAAUUCUGUGAUGGAACGAAUCAUUGAACAUCGACAUGCACUCGGCUUGCCAGCUAAAGCCAUUCAAUGGGGAGCUGUGGGUGAAGUUGGAUUAGUUGCUGAUAUGCAGGAAGAUAAAUUGGACAUGGAAAUUGGUGGAACUUUACAGCAGAGAAUCUCAUCGUGUCUUGAAGAACUCGACCCACUGAUGGCUACUUCAGAUCCACUCGUAUCAAGUAUGGUCGUUGCUGAAAAACGAUAUGCGUCUGGGGGAAAAGGAAACAUUCUCGAUGCUGUGAUGAAUAUUAUGGGUGUUCGUGACAUUAAAUCUGUUUCCCUUGAAACAACCUUAACUGAACUAGGGAUGGAUUCUUUAAUGGCCGUUGAAUUAAAGCAAAUUUUUGAACGUGAUUACGACAUUUCGUUAUCAACUCAGGAGCUUCGAGCUUUGAGUUUUAUGAAGAUCAUGGAGUUUUCAAAGGAAAGCGAGGACUCAGAAAACAAGAAAAUUUUUGAAGUUGAGGAAAACGACGACAUUUUCAAAAGGAUGUUGAGGUAUUUUGGUGAUGAAACUUACAGCGAUCAAACAAUUUUGUGUUUGAGUAGUGAGAAAACUUUUGAUGAGUCAAGUUGUCUCGGACUAUUGAUACCAGGAAUUGAGGGAAUGGGUGGACAUUUAUUGUAUAAAAUAUUAAAAGAAGUUGAUUUUCCAAUCAGUCUUCUCCAACUUAAGAAAACUUCGCUUUCGACAUCAUUUUCUGAAAUUGUUGAACUUAUUAAGGAAGAUGUUCUCUUAUAUUACAAGGGUCGAAAAACAUUUCACUUGAUCGCUCAUUCUUUUGGAUCAUGCAUCGCAUUAAUGUUAAUAGAAUUACUAGAAAGUAAAGGCAUGACUGGUCAUGUGACAAUGAUUGAUGGUUCUCCAUUACUUAUGAAAAGACUUUUACAUGAUCAAUAUAAAGACAAAACAGAUGAAGGAAUUGAAAAUACAAUCAGUCACAACAUUUUUUCGAUUGGAUUUACAAACCUUGAAGAUGAAGCUUUAAAAAAGAUCAGCACAGUCUCCAGAUGGGAUGAAAAGAUCAAAAUAUUGGCUCAGUUUAAAGGAGUUGAUAAACUUUAUAGCAAUGAAUACGUCAACGUGAUGAUGAGAGGUCUAAUAAAUAGAAUCAAAAUUAUUUUGAAUCUCGAUAUCAAAAGUUUUGGUACUUACACUGCCACUGCAGCUCUCAUUCGAUCGACAAUUUCAACUGUCGCUAACAUUGAUGAUAAAUAUGAUCUUCAAAACAACUUCGAGAAGAAUGUUGAUUUGUUAUUUUUGGAAGGAACUCAUUUUGAGAUAUUGGAAAGUCAGAGUCUCAUAGAUAUUUUGAAUAAAUUUAAUUCUCUGAUUGUAAAUGAAUAA